CAACCUGAUAUUGGACAUAGAAGAUCUACGAAUACUUCAAGAAAUGUACAGUAUAUCGGAUUAUCUAUAUAUUUAUGUGCCAGAAGAGCCAGUCUCUUCUUAUGAAUUUGUUGAGGAAAGCAACAAAUUGCGAUCAGAAAUAGAACGCAUACUAGAAAAGAAAUCGGUUUGUAUGGAACGAGCCGUUGUUGAUAUAAUAAACAUGUUUAUUGACCUGCUUGAUUUUGAGCAAAUGGAUUCAAAAGGAAGACGCGUGUUUCAACUUCCUCCAGAAAAGCUUAAUGACACUAACUGGCGGACUGAAGGCUUUUUACCUAUCGACAAGUGGGACUUUAUACAAUUUCAUAAAAUAUAUCGAACAAUUUAUCUUGCCCCUGAAGACGUUUUAAGGACUCUACAAUUUCGUAAUUAUGAAAACAUACGCACUCGUAGCUGGAUCUAAGAGGUCAUUGGAUUUUGUUCGACAAAAUAUACUCAG